AGACGUAGAAGAAGAAGAAGAAACCCUCCGAUGCUGCCCCUGUUACAGUGCGCAAAUGCGCAUCCAACAGUACAGACCUCCGGUGGAAAACGAUAAAACAAACGUUACGAGGCUCGGAAACGACACGUCGGGAAGGAAAAGGAAACAGCGCGCAAAGGAGACGACAGAAGCGAGGGUUAAAGUGUGUGACACAGCAGUAACCAUGGUGGGGGAGCGCCGCAAUGGGAACCUGCUGGUCCAGCUCGGCCCAAAGCUGCAGGCUUAUCCAGAGGAACUGAUCCGCCAGCGCCGCAACCAUGAUGGCCAGACAGAGUACUUGAUCCGCUGGUGCCUUGUCACCAUUGAUGAUGGCUCCAGCUCAGGGGGCGGAGCCAGUGAGGCAGGAGGGACAGGUGGUGGCAGCUCUGGGGUAGGCGGGUCCAGUGGCUCCACAUCUGGAGAGAGCAAACCGGAGAACAUCCUAAUGUGGAUGUCAACUGAGGAUGUAUAUGCAAACUGCCCCACGCUGCUGGGGAAGAGAAAAACAGACACACAACGUCCCCUGCAGCAGCAGGAGAAGCAGCUGGAUGGCGAGUCAUCAGGUGGAGGUCAGAGGAGUGGCAGCGAGUUUCCUUCGGACGUCACCUUUGAUGAGGUGGAGCUGUCAGACAUGAAGGAAGAUGUGAAGAACCUGGUGUGUCGAGCCAGGAAACAGAUGGCCAAAAAGAGUGACUUCUCCAUCAGCAUCACGCACACCAUUCAUGUGCUAAGCGCCUACGCCAGCAUCGGCUCGCUGGUUGGUGUUUUUAAGGAGACAGGUGCCCUCAACCUGCUGAUGGAGCUGCUGUGCAACAAGGAGACACAGACUCGACGCAGCGCUGGGAAGAUGUUGCGAGCGCUUGCCUCUCAUGAUGCAGGAAGUCGAGCCUACGUAUUGCUGUCGCUCAGUCAACAGGAUGGCAUCGAGCAGCACAUGGACUUUGAUAACCGCUACACUCUGCUGGAGCUGUUUGCUGAAACCACGUCGUCAGAGGAACACGGUAUCUCCUUCGAAGGGAUUCACCUGCCUCAGAUUCCAGGGAAGCUGCUGUUCUCUCUGGUGAAGCGUUACCUGUGCGUCACAUCUCUGAUGGACAAACUCAACACGGCAGGGGUGGAGUCUAACUCUGACAGACAAGAUGCAAGCCCCUCCCCUGCCUCCUCCUCAAGCACAGCCCACCAGACAGAGCACCUCCGUGUACAGCGAGAGUUUGACUUCACCAUGGCCAUGGCAAACCUGAUCUCAGAGCUGGUACGCGUCAUGGGCUGGGACCGAAACCGACAGCCUCUCGAUGGCUCCAUCCAUCGCUCUGGAGGAGGCGGGAUCUCUGGGGAGGAGCAGGGAGAGGAGGCUCGACCUAUCCUUAGAUCCAUCUUCCAGCCUCGUUUCUGCGCCUCACCUGUUGUUCUCACCAGCAGCUCUGCUGUAGCCGCUCCUGCUGCCUUGCAACAUAAGAAGAAGCCAGGAAACGGAUAUAAAACACGCUCUGAAUUCGCCAGCCGUUCAGCCUAUGUUGAGUACGUUCAGGACAACCUGAAGAGUGGCAUGAUGGUGCGCAUGCUGGAGGACUACGAGGAAGCAAGCUGUGGAGAUGAAGGAGAGUUUCGCUACAGCAAUGAUGGCUCGCCACCUGUUCAGGUGUACUGGAACUCCCUGUCCAGGACUUAUUGGGUCCACUGGCACAUGGUGGAGAUAUUGGGCAGCAGCAGCAGCAGUCAGUCUGAGAAGGAGACACAGGAGAAGGCCUCCACCCUGACAGAAACCCUCAAACUUACUACAGUGAGUCAGACAUUCUUCUCAAAGCCCCCUGGGGGUCUGUACUCCUUGCCAUACCUGUCUGAGGGUCUCCAGAUGGAGUCGCUGGCUCUGAGCCGGGCUGAGUGGUGGGAGAUCCUCUUCUUUAUAAAGAAACUGGAACCAAAGCAGCAGCAGGAGGUCAACAGCAUCCUGCUGCAGAGCCUUGACGACCAGGAGGCGGAGCUAGACGACUGGUCUCUGAUUGGCCUGAGUGUUCACGGAGAUGUGGCUAAGAAGCUGCUCCACUACCUAAAGCAGAAGCUACCGUCAUCAUGUCUGAGCGACUUGCUGUGCUCUCACACCUUCUGUAAGCACUACCUGCGACGAGGAGGAGGGAUCCUGGAGGACGAGGAGCUGCUGGCUGAAAGCUCUCUGGGCUCAUCCGGCCUGGGAGGAGUUGGAGGACAGAACUCCUCCUCUUCAUCGUCAGCCUCUGUCUCCUCUUCCUCAGCGAUGGGCUCCGUCUCUAAGAAAGCAAAGAAGGAGAUUCCUGCUGAUUCAGGCUGCGGCAGCCCCGAGGCAGAGAGCGAGCUGCCUUCAGAGGAUGACAGUAGAUACCCCGAAGAUCUGGAGGACAAAAUGAAAGUGUUUAAUAACCCCCGAGUCCAGGGGAAGAAGACGAUGCUGGAGAAGCUUGGGGAGGUGGUGGAUAUCCUGAAGAAAGGGGGGUCGGGCUCAGACCAGGCCCAGCAGCUGGCAGCCGUUCUCUUUAUCACCAGGCUGCUGGAGGAGAAGGGGGGCCAGGAGAAGAACUCCAUGAGGAGCGACUCUGCCCAGACUGUACGGGACAAGGUGCUGAAGCUGCUGGUGGAGCUGCUGUCCUCAUCCUCUAAAGACUUGGUGAUAAGUACGCUAAGACUCACUCACCUCAUUAUGCUCAAAUAUGAGUGGAGGGUGUCUUUCGCUUCUGAGGGAGGGGUCAAGGCUGUCCUGUCCUGCAUGCAGGAGUUCUCCACAGUCACACAAGUCCAGCAGCUGGCGCUCGCUACUCUGAAGGUGAUCACUGGAGCCAGUAAACACGACCUCCGCAGCGUCGGCAGCAGCCUCCCUCUCUCUGAGUCUGGCACUCAGAUGAUGUUGGAGAUCUUUGCCAGUAUCGGCUCGGCCACGCCUGAAGGCUCCAAAGGCCUUCUGGGAGCCAUCCCUGCCGCGAUUGAUCUCAUGCUCAAGACUAAAGGCUGCAUGCUGUCGGUUCGUAACGGCCUGCUGGUCAUCAUCAUGCUCAUCUCGAACCACAAAAGCCUGGCGGAGCAGCUGGUGGCUUCUGACGUCACAGCAGUCCUCAAUAAGUGUCUGACUCUGUCCAGAGCCGAGACCAUGCUGGCCAUCAUUGCCCUCAACCACAUCUCCAUGGUGCACAAGCUGGACAGCAAAGAGUGUCGGGAACAGCUGGACUUUAAGGACACGGAGCUGCAGAUGUUGGUGGUCAGUCUGAAGGAGCUAACGGCCACAAAAGAAGUGAUCCAGACACUUGAGCAGCUGCUGUGUGAUGACGCGUCGCAGCUACUGUGUGACGAUGCCUCAAAGCUGGAGGAGAAACGCAGCCAGGUGACUCACAGCCGAGAAACUUACCAGGAUUUGGUCCGUCUGAUGGAGCAGCACCGAGCUGACCGGGCCGUCCAGGUGUCCAUCCUCAGGAUCCUAAAUAAGUUCUUGGACAACUACGAGGAAGACGUGCUGCCUUGGCACGAGAGCAUCGAGCCCUGCUUGUCCUCCAUGACGGCCUUCAUCAGCGAAAGAGAGGUGGUCCAGCAUUUUAUCCGCUUCCUGUACCGACUGGCGUCUCUGAACAAAGACUACGCAGUAGUGAUGUGUCGUCUGGGGACGAAAGAAGCUCUGGUGAAAGCUCUGGACAAACACAGCACCAACCUGCUGCUGGUCACCGAGCUGCGAGACCUCAUCACAGACUGUGAGAAGUACGCCAGCCUCUACAAGAAGAUGACCACCAGUGUCCUCGCAGGAUGUAUCCAGAUGGUAUUGGGUCAGAUCGAGGAGCAUCGUCGAAGCCAUCAACCAAUCAAUAUCCCCUUCUUUGAUGUGUUCCUCAGGAAUCUCUGCCAAGGUUCCAGUGUAGAGCUAAAAGAGGAUAAGUGCUGGGAGAAGGUGGAAGUUUCGUCGAAUCACCAUCGAGCGAACAAACUGACCGAUAAGAACCCCAAAACCUACUGGGAGUCCAACGGCUGCACAGGCUCUCACUUCAUCAACAUCUAUAUGCACAAAGGAGUCGUCAUCAGACAACUGGCCAUUCUUGUGGCAAGUGAGGACUCAAGCUACAUGCCGGCCCGGAUCCUGGUUCUGGGAGGAGAUGAGCCCACCAGCAUAAAUACUGAACUAAACACGGUGAAUGUGACUCCUUCAGCCAGUCGGGUGGUUCUCCUGGAGAACAUGACCAGGUUCUGGUCAAUCAUCCAGAUCCGGGUCAAGAGAUGUCAGCAGGGUGGCAUUGACACUCGGGUUCACGGUUUUGAGGUUCUGGGUCCAAAGCCCACGUUCUGGCCGGUGUUCAAGGAGCAGCUGUGCUGUAGGACCUACCUGUUCUACAGCACCAAGGCCCACACCUGGUGUCAGGAGGUGAUGGAGGACAAGACACAGCUGCUGCAGCUCUUCAACAAACUGAACAGCGCUCUGAGACAUGAGCAGAUGUUUGCAGAUCGCUUCCUGCCGGACGCUGAGGCAGCCGAAGCUCUUGGUCGAACUUGCUGGGAGGCUCUUAUCACCCCAAUAGUCCAUAGCAUCACACUAUCAGAAUCCGCGACGUCCAGCCCUCUUUCCUGGCUCCUCAGCGAGUAUCUGGAUAACGCAGAGUCAGCCCGCCGCUGUAAGAGCAGGGCGGCCAUCUUUAACUCCAGAGUGAGACGCCUCACACACCUGCUGGUCCAUGUAGACACGAGUCAGGUGGACGACGAAGAGCUCAAACCCCCCGUUAAAUCAAAAGGUCUCAACCGAAGCAAAGAGCUGAAGAACGGUAAAGAGGGUAAAAACAAAGACAACACUGCGGCCUCUUCUUCCUCCUCCUCCUCCUCAGCUAAACCCAAAGUGAAGAACAACAGCAGCAUUGCAGGCAUUGCCCUCUGUUGGCAAGGGGUGGUACAGCGCCAGGUAAAGAAGUUUCUUGAGUCGAGCUGCAGUCUGCCAGACUUUGUGGAGCGGUACCGGACUCUGUACCUGCGGCUGAGGAACGCCAUGGAAGAGCUGUUUGGACAGCAGACUGCCUUCGUCCUGGCCCUUCGACAUGGCUUCUCUGCUGCGCUGCUGCAGCUCUCAAUCCUCAAGGCCAUGCACGUGAGUGAGCGCUUCGCUCAGUACAUCGACCAGAUGAUCCAGGCCAGUGGAGCGGCGUGCGGCAGUGUGCAGACGCUGGAGCGGCUGCAGCAGUUUCUGGAGCCCAUGCUCUUCCUGUCGGGCCUGGAGCUCGCCAACACCUUUGAGCACUUUUACAGGUACUACCUGGGCGACAGGCUGCUGGCUCAGGGGAACGUGUGGUUGGAGAGUGCUGUGAUCGAUCAGAUCGGCAGCUGCUUCCCGAGUCGCUUCCCUCAGCAGAUGAUGAAGAACCUGAGCGAGUCUUCAGAGCUUCAGCAGGAAUUUCACCUGUAUCGCUUACAGCAGCUGGACCGUUGCCUGCAGGAGCACGAUCAGAUGAUGGAGGAGGAGUGGGCCGAGACAGAGGAGGAGGCGGAGGUCCAUGUUUUGGUUCUGUCUCCUCGCUGCUGGGCUGUCUCGUCUCUCUGCUUUCUGGAUCAACCUGCGAAACAUUAUCCAGCUGAACUUUGCUCCUACCUGAACCAGUUUACACAGUUCUACACACACAGCGUGUCAGGUCAGUCCAUGUACGGUUUGAGUCACUCAAAGCCUCGACGGCUGCAGUGGACAUGGCUCGGUCAUGCUGAGCUACAGUUCGGCUGCUGGACGCUGCACGUCUCCACGCUCCAGAUGUUCAUCCUGCUGCAGUUCAACAGUCAUGAGGAGGUUCAAGUGGAGGCUUUGCUGCAGGCAACUUGCUUGUCUGCUGCCGUCCUGCUGCACGCUCUGCUGCCGCUCAUCAGCGAGGGAGGACCACUGAUCUGCAGCCACCCCAACGAGCCCAGCCAAGGUGUGUUGCAGUUAAACCAGGAGGUGGCCUCUCGCAGUCUGGAGAGCGUCCCUGCAUCGGUCCAGCUGCUGCCUAGACAGACGUACGUGAACGUGGACGAGGAUGCUGCAGGUAUGCUGGAGAGGAAGAGGAAUUAUAUCUACUGCCUGAUCGUUCACAUCAUGAAGCAGGAGAAGGAGAUGCACAUCGACAACCUCGUCUUUAAGGUUCUGGACUCCUGUCAGAAAAAGGAAGCAUCUCGUUCACCGGGUUCGGGCCGUAUCAGCUGCAGCACCAGCGACGUGUUCUCCUGCAUCAUGCACGUCAUCAGCAAGGGCUGCAUACGCCGCAACGAGGACAACCCGCACAUUGUGGAGUUCCUGCCGGAGGACCCAUCCACACCCCAGAAAGGCCAGGCCCAGUUCUCCUUUAGCCGAGCCGAGAUCAGGAAGGACGGUGUGGACAGCAAGGCUGACAUCAGCCUGAUGUCAGCACCGCGGCAAUUUGAGGACGGCGUUCUAGACGCAGUUCUCUUCUCGAUGGGUCGGACGAUGACGCAGGAGGAAGUUCGUCAGUUGAUGCAGAGGACCGUCCAGCAGGUAUCAGCUACUCUGAGUCUAGACCUGGACUGUGCCGAGCACCUGCUGGUUCACUGUAAGUGGAACAUGGACCUGCUGGUGCAGCGAUACACCGACGACUCGGACACCCUUGUCAUGGCCGCCGGGCUAAAGUGCCGUAACCCUCAGCCCCCUCCAAGCCCGGCCUCUACCUGCCCGGUCUGCUUGGGCCCUUGUACUGCAGCAAUGGAGCAAGUCCCCUCGCUGAGCUGCAUGCACUACUGCUGCCGGUCAUGUUGGCAGGAGUACCUGACAGCGAGGAUCGAACAAAACCUGGUCAUGAACUGUAACUGUCCAAUCACAGACUGCCAGGCUCAGCCCACCUCAGUUUUCUUCCUAAACAUCCUCACAGACAAGGACACCAUUUCCAAGUAUGAGAAUGGCUUGCUCAGAGGCUAUGUGGAGUGCUGUUCCAACCUGACGUGGUGCACCAACCCUCAGGGCUGUGAUCAGAUCCUCUGUAAGGAGAACAUGGGGAGCAUGGGGACCUGCUCCAAGUGCUGCUGGUCCUCCUGCUUCAGCUGCAACUUCCCUGAGGCCCACUAUCCAGCCAGCUGCAGCCACAUGUCUCAAUGGAUGGAUGAUGGAGGAUAUUACGAGGGGAUGAGCAUGGAGGCUCAGAGCAAACACCUCGCCAAGCUGAUCUCCAAACGCUGCCCGAGCUGCCAGGCUCAGAUUGAGAAGAAUGAAGGCUGCCUGCAUAUGACCUGUGCCAAGUGUAACCACGGUUUUUGCUGGCGGUGUCUGAAACCUUGGAAACCAACACACAAAGAUUACUACAACUGCUCCGCCAUGGUGAGUAAAGCAGCACGGCAGGAAAAGAAGUUCCAGGAUUACAAUGAGAGAUGCACAUUCCAUAACCAGGCUAAGGAUUUUGCCAUCAACCUGGAAAACAAAGUGUCGUCCAUCAAUGAAGCUCUACAGAUGAAGUCUUUGACUUUCGUCAUUGAUGCCUGCAAAGUCCUCGCUCAGGCUCGUAAGGUGCUGGCCUACUCCUGUGUCUACAGUUACUACAACCAGGAGACGGAGAAGAUGGACGUCAUGGAACAGCAGACUGACGCUCUGGACCUGCACACUAACGCCCUGCAGAUCCUGCUGGAGGAGACUCUGCUGCAGUGCACUGAUCUGGCCUCAUGUGUCCGGCUACUGAAACCAGAACACCUCAACACCGGACUGGAACUGAUCCGACGCAUCCAGGAGCGCCUGCUUGCCAUCCUGCAGCACUCCACCCAGGACUUCAGGGUGGGUUAUCAGUCCAAGAGCAGCCAGGAUCCAGAAUCCACUCAGGCCUCCAACCUGUCCAACAAUACCGAUGCCAACAAAGUGUCAAAGUCAGACCGAGCGUCAGACUCUGGAGACUCAGAUAACAACAAUAACACUGGGGAGGGGGGUGGGGAGGAGGCAGAGGACGAGGACGAUGAGUAUGACGAAGAGUACGUACCAGAGUGGCACGAGGACUACGACGAGGACGACAUCGACGAGGACGACUUCUUCUCCGACGACGACGAGUCUGAGAACCUGGAGAGGGACUUCAGCCCCUUUGACUGAGGCAAAAACAGACCUCCCCCACCCCCCACAGCCCCGCCCUGCCCCUUCACCUGAGAACGUCAGGAAGGACAGGAGACGAUUAGAGGGGCGUCCUCCUUCACCUGAACCCGAAACACCACAGAACACAGCUGCACUUGCUUUUUCCCUAUUCUUGUAUUUUACCUUCUGUGUCAUGUGAUCAUAAAAUCAAAGUCUGGAGAAGAUGAGGAUAUUGUGAAGGGGAAAACGUUUUGGGUUCUAUUUUUUCAGUUCUAAGAAAUAAAGAUUAGACAUCCUGGACUAAAUUCUCAUCGUAGUCUUUAAACGAUGGGAACAUUUUUGUAUUUCAAAUUCAGUUUGAAAGUCAUGUCAAUAACUAUUUUUUUUUUUUUUUUACUAACAAGUCUUGUUGUAACAAGUUGAGAACUGGUUUUAAAUCAGUUAAGUUAAAAGGGUUUGAAUCUGAAAGCAGUUCAGAACAAAUUUGAUUCUUGGUUAGAACCUUGUAUCUGUGCAAACCCAGUCUGAUCUGCACACUGAGACCAACUGAUCCCAGUCUAACUUUUUUUAAGUUCUGAAAUGUGUGAAACAUUUUUUAAAGACAGCCCACAUCCACUCUAAAGAAGUCUGAAAAUACUAACACAGAGUCUGAAACAAGGUGAGAACUGGUCUACACACAUUCAAAAGCCUGUCUUUUAUAAGUAAGAGGCGUUUAAAACCACUUAGAACCUAGACUUAACCCAAAUGAAAGGGUAUAAAAUGUCCAAAAAAGUCCAAAAGUCCAAAAAAGUGUCAGAUCAUUUCAAACCAGGCUUAAACAAUCAUGCAAUGCCAAUAUAAGAUUCUUUAAAACACAGUGUGAAACCUACUUCACAUUAGAUUUAAGCAUUCCUGUAAUGAAGUCUGAAACCUGUCAAUUAAGAUUCAAAAGUAAAAGAAUAGAAAUAUAAAGUACAUACAUUUAUAAAUCUAAAUUUUCUUUGAACGACUUUGAUUCUAUGACUCUGAUCUAAUGUCAGAACUUUUUGUUUUCCUCUUCUUCUCUACUCAACCACCUGUGCUCUGCCUUGUUCUGAAUCCAGCUGGUUUCGGUUUCUCUUCUAUCCGACAGCGAUGAAGGACCUUUUCCAGAGUCAAUCUCUUAGUUUGUGAUCUUUACAGAACAAAUCUGACUUUUCUGUUUCCUGCUGCUGCUUUUUGGAGUUCCAGAUACGAGUUGAAACGAGGAAAAAGGGAUUAGUAACCAAGUGACUGUUAGUUCACAUCUUGUUUAUCCUGUUAGCCAUUAAGAAUAUCUAUUAGUCUCAUCACACGUUCUGCCUUGAUUUAUGUUGACGAUGGAGGCUGCCUUUAUUUGAGACUAAAGAAAAAUAGAAAUCAUUCAAAUGCAUAACUUCCUCUGUAUUAUGUUUUUUUUUUUUUUUUUUUUUUUUUUUACACACAUGUCUAGAGUUGUAUGUUUCUAUGCAUCUGAAGAGAGAUUCUGAAGUUUCAGCCUGAGCAGAGCGUCUGUAAGGAGCUGUGAAGUCUGAAGUAUCACUGCAAUAACUGAUUGAUUAUUGGCUCACUGUCGCAUUAUUUACUGAGCAAAGACUUCCUCAUCCGCCCUGUUUUCAGUUUUUUAAAAAGGACGUCGUUAUGGGUCAUAUUGUUGGGUUUGUUGUAGGGAAGUCUGCGCUCUGCAGGAGUCGAGGGAUAUCUGAUAUCCCAGCUCCGUGUUUUGCUGUAAUUUUGAGAGAUCCUAUAUUCAUAAUGUUGAUGUUCUAUAAUGUUCUUUCUUGUUUCUUUGCUGGAGUUAAGCGACUUCAGCAGGCAAACUAAAUAAAGCUUUUUUUCUGCUAUGCUGCAGAAUGACUUUGAUUUCACGCUGAAAUAAAACACUCUACUUUAACCCCUUAA